AUGUCUCAACGUCGCCGGCAACUCGAUAAUAAACGUUCAUCGGCGAUAAACAAUGAACAAACUAAUGGCAAUCCGGCUAUUUUCGCAGCAGCUGCUGCAGCUCGACGACGAAAUCAACAUCGUCAUUUUCCAUCGUCAAAUCGAUCGCGUUUCGAAUAUAUACUUAAAAGUCUUAUGAAGAAAAAAUUUCCAAUUACAAUUCCAUCCUAUUUAAUAACAGUUAUUACUGGAUUAAUAAUGUCAUUUGUUUUAUAUAGAGUAGUAGUAACUGUUAUUAAUUAUCGAAGUCAAUAUGAAUAUACAAAUAUACCAAUUAAACUACCUAAACUUAUCGAUGUUAAUGAUACAGCACCGAAAUCUAGUCCUGAAAGAUUUUGGGGAACCUACAGAUCAAAUUUAUAUUUCGGUUUAAAACAUCGAAGUGCUCGAUCAUUAAGUGGAGGAUUAAUGUGGUUUGAUUAUAGUAAAUUACAGCAGACUCCGGAUCGAUUUCUUAGACAUUGGUGUGAUCAAAAUGAUCGUUUAAAAUAUGGAUGGAAUUAUCAUGAUGGAGAAACAUUUGGUGUUGAACAAAUUAAUGAUGAUAAUUUACAGAUAAAUGUUCAAUGGCUCAAACAAAUUAGUGGAGAACAUGGUGGAGAUUGGACCACUAGAAUUAGUGUUACUCCACAAUCGCUCAAUCGUACCGUACCGAUAUCAUUAUUUUUCUAUUUUCAUCAUGAUCUCCCUUGGAUCGAUGAAAUAAGUUCAAUAUCAACUCAGUCACCUGACAUUCUAACUGUUCGUGGUCAAACCAAUGAACUCGAUGGAUUUACAAUAAAAAUUAAAUUAAAUACAAAUACAAAUCAAUUAAUUGCUCGUACAUUAACCGAUGUAUUUCAAUUAGAGAGAAUUCAUGAGAGUCUUCUAGCAAAAUUAGUUACAAAUUCUAACGAACAAACUCAUGUUCUUCUCGCCGAGCAACCAUUUAAAGAUUUUGAACAUAAUACAUUUUUUAUUCAAUUAACAUUAAAACAGCCCUUAGCUAAUGAAAUGUUUUCGUUUGAUAUCAUCUAUCAAUCGGAUUCGUCGAAUAAUGAACGAGAACAAGAUUUAACAGGAUUCUAUUUCAAUGAAGAAAUAACGCGUUUACAAAAACAAUUUGAUGAACGUUUCGAAAAUAUCUUUCAAUUGAAAACAAAACAAAAUAUGGAUGCAAAAAAAAUUCAAUUUGCUAAAUCAACAUUGAGUAAUUUGAUUGGUGGUGUUUCUUAUUUCACUGGUAAAUCAUUAGUAGCAAAAGCAAAUCAAAAAAUUCCCGAUGAAUAUUGGCCAGCAAAUUUAUAUACAGCUGUACCAUCACGUUCAUUUUUUCCACGUGGUUUUCUUUGGGAUGAAGGUUUUCAUAAUCUUCUUAUUGCUCGAUGGAAUAAAAAUAUCACCGUUGAAAUUAUUUCUCAUUGGCUUGAUCUACUUAAUGAUAACGGAUGGAUACCUAGAGAAGUCAUUCUUGGUGGUGAAGCUCGUGCUCGUGUUCCAGCAGAAUUUGUUGUUCAAUAUACAAGCAAUGCUAAUCCGCCAACAUUCUUUUUAACUAUUGAGUAUUUACUAAAAACAAAUACAAAUAAUCAUCUAUUUACUUUACCAUUUAUUCAACGUCUUGAAAAAUGGUAUCAAUGGUAUAAUCGAACACAAUAUGGUUCAUUACCAUUAUCAUAUCGUUGGCGUGGUCGUAAUGCCUCAUCUAUAUACGAAUUAAAUCCUAAAACCUUAACAAGUGGCCUUGACGAUUAUCCACGUGCAUCACAUCCAACGGACGCUGAACGUCAUUUAGAUUUACGUUGUUGGAUGACAUUAGCAUCAACUGUUAUCGGUAAACUUUAUUCAAUAAUAAAUAAUGAAGAAACAAAUCGAUAUUUAAAUUACGCUCAAUUACUUUCAAACAAUGACGAACUUGAUCAAUUGCAUUGGUCGGAACAAUAUGGCAUGUAUGCUGAUUAUGGUUUGCAUACAGAUCAUGUACAAUUACAACGUGUACCAAUGGGCAAACCAAAUCCUCAACAACUACAACAACCAACACACAUGGUUAGACAAGUAACACGUCAAGCUGAUUUAACUGUUAAAUAUGUGAAACAUUUUGGUUAUGUUUCAUUAUUUCCGUUGAUGACACGAGUUUUAAAUCCGCAAUCAUUAAAACUUGAAAAAAUAUUAAAUGAUCUACAAAAUCCAAGUCUAUUAUGGACACAAUAUGGUUUGCGAUCAUUGGCACAGUCAAGUUCAUUGUACGGAAUUAGAAAUACGGAACACGAUCCACCCUAUUGGAGAGGUGCCAUCUGGAUAAAUAUGAAUUAUAUGAUUCUAUCGUCUCUACAACAUUAUGCAAAAAUUCCAGGACCCUAUUCUGAAAAAGCGCGCCAGAUCUACGGACAAUUACGGACAAAUCUCAUAACAAAUAUGUUUCGUGUUUAUGAAAAAACAGGCCAUGUUUGGGAACAAUACGAUGAUAAGACUGGCAAUGGUCAAGGCAGUCAUCCAUUUACAGGAUGGUCUUCACUUAUUGUAUUAAUUAUGUCAGAACUUUACGAUGAAUAG